AUGACGGAAAUACGCAGCGAGAGUGGUCUGGCGGAGGAGCGGCCGAGCCGGAAGUGGCGUCGGCAGCGGAAGCGCCGGCUGUGCACCUGCUCACAGCCAGGGCCCAGUGCCCAGGGGCCACCGCAGACACACAGCUACGCGCGCCUUCCCGCUGCGCCCAGAUGCCCACCACCAGAAAAGGAAAAGAAGAACACAGACCAAGAAAAAGAAGAUGAAGACAUUAAAGCCAAAGAAAACAAUAUAUUUAUGAUAGCAGAAGGUGGAGGUAUUGGAGGAGGAGAAGAAGAAGAAAAAGAAGAGGAUGAUGCCAAUGGAGAACAAGAAGAUGAAAAUGAAGAUGAUGAUGGUCGUGUAGGAAAAAAGAGUAGUUACAAUGAGAAAGAUGAUGUUCAUGUUUCGAAGAUCCGGGAGCUGGGCCGGCUGCGCGCAGCUUGUGUUCUGGCGGCGGCGGCGGGGCGGCCAGGGGUGGGGGCGACGUCUCAUUCCCCCUCCCUGCGCUCCGGUGGGGCUCUGGAAACAACUCACUCCAUGCCAAAUGCGUCUCGCGCCGCGCUGCCGCUUCGGACAACGCACACACUAGCGACCGCGCUCUGUGCGACGCACUGCUGUACACCUGAGGUUAGUAGCAGACACGGCACGACGUGA